AUGGCCACCACCGCCACCUGCACCCGCUUCACCGACGACUACCAGCUCUUCGAGGAGCUCGGCAAGGGUGCUUUCUCUGUGGUCCGCAGGUGUGUGAAGAAAACGUCCACGCAAGAGUAUGCAGCAAAAAUCAUCAAUACCAAGAAGUUAUCUGCUCGGGAUCACCAGAAACUAGAACGUGAGGCCCGGAUAUGCCGACUUCUGAAACAUCCAAACAUUGUACGCCUCCAUGACAGUAUUUCUGAAGAAGGGUUUCACUACCUCGUGUUUGACCUUGUUACCGGCGGAGAGCUGUUUGAAGACAUUGUGGCCAGGGAAUACUACAGUGAAGCUGAUGCCAGCCACUGUAUACAUCAGAUUCUGGAGAGUGUUAACCACAUCCACCAGCACGACAUCGUCCACCGGGACCUGAAGCCUGAGAACCUGUUGCUGGCGAGUAAAUGCAAGGGUGCUGCCGUCAAGCUGGCUGAUUUUGGCCUAGCCAUCGAAGUACAGGGGGAGCAACAGGCUUGGUUUGGUUUUGCUGGCACCCCAGGUUACUUGUCCCCUGAGGUCUUGAGGAAAGAUCCCUAUGGAAAACCUGUGGAUAUCUGGGCCUGCGGGGUCAUCCUGUAUAUCCUCCUGGUGGGCUACCCUCCUUUCUGGGAUGAGGAUCAGCACAAGCUGUAUCAGCAGAUCAAGGCUGGAGCCUAUGAUUUCCCAUCACCAGAGUGGGACACAGUGACUCCAGAAGCCAAGAACUUGAUCAACCAGAUGCUGACCAUAAACCCCGCAAAGCGUAUCACAGCUGACCAGGCUCUCAAGCACCCAUGGGUCUGUCAACGGUCCACGGUGGCAUCUAUGAUGCAUCGUCAAGAGACAGUGGAGUGCCUACGCAAGUUCAAUGCCCGGAGAAAACUGAAGGGUGCCAUCCUCACGACCAUGCUUGUCUCCAGGAACUUUUCAGCUGCCAAAAGCCUAUUGAACAAGAAGUCGGACGGCGGUGUCAAGAAAAGGAAGUCGAGUUCCAGCGUGCACCUAAUGCCACAGAGCAACAACAAAAACAGUCUCGUAAGCCCAGCCCAAGAGCCCGCGCCCUUGCAGACGGCCAUGGAGCCACAAACCACCGUGGUACACAACGCUACCGAUGGGAUCAAGGGCUCCACAGAGAGCUGCAACACCACCACGGAAGAUGAGGACCUCAAAGUGCGGAAACAGGAGAUCAUUAAGAUCACAGAACAACUGAUUGAGGCCAUCAACAAUGGGGACUUUGAGGCCUACACGAAGAUUUGUGAUCCAGGCCUCACUUCCUUUGAGCCUGAGGCCCUGGGUAACCUCGUGGAAGGGAUGGAUUUCCAUAAGUUUUACUUUGAGAAUCUCCUGUCCAAGAACAGCAAGCCCAUCCACACCACCAUCCUGAACCCACACGUCCACGUGAUCGGAGAGGACGCAGCUUGCAUUGCCUACAUCCGCCUCACCCAGUACAUCGAUGGGCAGGGUCGGCCUCGAACCAGCCAGUCGGAGGAGACCCGGGUCUGGCAUCGCCGGGAUGGCAAGUGGCUCAAUGUCCACUAUCACUGCUCAGGGGCCCCUGCCGCACCGCUGCAGUGA